GUAAAAUAUUGUAAUGCAGUAACUAUUAAUAAUAUAGAAAAACAAAAAUUAUUAAAUGUUAUAAAAUAUAUAUUUUAUUAAUUUAUAAUAUAUAAAAUUGAUAGCCACAGCAAGACCUCCUUUUUGAAACGUGAAAUGGAAAAUAUGGAAUUGGCGCGCAAGCGAGCUGCAAAAUGGGCGGGGGGUGAAUGACAAGAGGGCGCAAAUCGAUUUUAUUCGCUGAUGAGGCGUCGGUACGGAUGCGCGUGUGUAUAUAAGUUUAAUUUUGCCGCUAAACAUCGCGUCGGGCGAUGGUCAACAAUAUUUCAAGUUACAUUUGCGUAUUUUUGAGUGUAUCUGAAUUGUGUUUAAUAUCUAUGGUGAUGUUGAAGUGAGGAGCCAAUCGGCGACGCCAUGGGCAAUUCUUGCAGCUCCGGCCAAGCUCAUAAGGAUAAAGACAAUGUGUCUCAACAAUCUGAAGAACCGAAUUGUUGCGCCCGCAGGUCGCCUUCGUACCGCGUCACCAAGCCGCCGGUGGAGGCGACGCCCGAGCCUGCGCAGGAGUUGCUCGAGCCCGCGGCCUCCUUCAGAGACAAGAAGCCGCAGCUCAAAGGCCCCAAGAGCCAGAUAGGGUCCAGUGUUUCCGAUUCCAUAUCUCUGUCAUCACCGCUGACAUGCACAUCUCCACGUGUGGAGGUGGUUGGUCCACCAGUUCCGGCCAACGUCGCUGCGCUGUCAGAAGAGCAUAGGUCCUACCUCAUAGGCAAGGUCCCUGCACAACGCACGAGAAAGCGACGCGCGAUGCUCAUCUACGUUUGCGCUGCGGAUUCCCAAGACUGUUCGACGGAAAAGGGUGCCCUUCACUGCGGCGUCGCCACACGUCUGCGCAUGCGCGCCCGCAAGCUCGGGUGGCGCGUGCACGUGUCUGACCUCCACUGGAGAUCUCCUCUAGAACAGCAACGGGACCACCGGUUCCCUGUCUUGUGCAUAGCGGAGCUAGCGCGUCAAUCGGAGCUCGGUGCAGUGGUACCGGUGUUGUUCUUGAGCUCUAAUUUGGGCACACCACUGCUUCCUCAUACCCUCGAGUGCGCGGAUUUUAAGGCAGCACUGCAAGAUGCCACCGACGAAAAUGAUAAGGCACUCCUCAAUAAGUGGUACACCCUGGACAGUAGCACAACUCCACCGUGCUACAGGCUGGUGAAAGGUGCGCCAGCUCGAUGGAGGAGGGAGAUGGCGAAAACCUUGACCGUUCUCGUCAGAACCCUGCCUCAGGAGGCCUGCGACGCGUAUCUCACAACAGUGUUGGAACAGGAGGUGCAACACACCGUGCUCAUGAGUUCGGAGACGGCACGACGUUGUGUGUGGGUUUGUCGAGCCGGACCCUCGCCAGACUUCAGCGAAAGUCCAGAGGAACAAAACAAGGAGUUGCAGCGGAGACUCGCUAACCUGCAGAGGGAUUUGAAGUUAUACCUAAGCGAGCGAAACAUAAUCCGAGCGAGCAUUCGCGGCCGCCCGAAUUGUUCGAACUCUGUGUCGAGCUCGGACUCGGAGGAAGAGUACACGAGCCGGGUCCGGAGCGCGCUCGGCUCGCGGCUCGACGCGGUGCUCGACACGCUCGUCGCCGAAGGCGACGCGCCCGCGGGCUCGUGCGGGAUUCCUACGAGUUUAUUCGACGAGAUUUGUGAACAUGUAUCAUUCUGUCAGAAGUCGACGCAAUGCUCAUCGAAUCGGGAGAUUACACUCAGCGAGUUAAAAACGUACGUGCAAGGCGAGAGUUCUGUUCCCCUGGUGUUGCUGGGUGGGGCUGGCUGUGGCAAGGCGACCCUGCUGGGCAGGGCCGCCUCUCUCGCCCACACCUGGCUCGAUGACUUGGCGCUUGUGGUCAGAUUCGUGGGCCUGACAUCACAGUCAAGUAGCUCACACCAGCUGCUGAAGUCUCUCGUGGAUCACCUACACGUUCUUCACACAGGCUCGGUGUACAGAGGGAGAAAUGAGCCCACACGUCUAUCGUCUACAUUGGGUCGACUGCUGGAAGCACUGGGUCGAACUCGGCCAGUACUCCUGUGUGUUGCGGGCACUGACGCACUACGCGGAGUUCGCUGGCUUCCGUGUCGACUACCGCGAAAUGUUAAGAUGAUCAUUACGGUCACUGAAGAGAAGGACGAACCAUCAAGUUCAGCCAUAAUGGCAGUUUUGUCGUCUGAAGAUGGGCCCAAGGUGGUUCGAGCCCCGCCCGUGGGUCCGGAAGAAGCGAAAGCCGUGCUCACUGCGUGUUCCGCCGCCUACAGCAAGACUGGUUCCGCUGUUCCACCUGAAGCUGCCGUCAAAGCUGUACAGAAGUGUACCCUACCUUUGUAUGCCAAGAUUCUGGCCUGGCAAAUAUCCCUCUCAGCAGAGACGUUUACAGAACAAACAGAGACAGACACAGCACCAGAACUAGUGAUUUGUGACGAGUUAGAAGCGCAGCUGGAGCAAAUAUUAAUCACGACCGAAGCUGCUUUGGGUGCUGAUAGAGUGAAGGCUUGUCUCUCUGUACUGACGGCUUCUAGAAGAGGACUAGACGAUGCCGAAAUACUGGAUAUAUUGGCGCAUGAUGAUCUGUUCAGGAGUGAAGAGACUUACUUACCCUGGGCCCCCGCGGCACUACUUUGGCCGCAGUUAGCAGCCCUGCUUUCCCCCUGGCUGCGUUGGGACUCGCGCGGAGCGGCUCGGUGGAGAGACGCAGCCCUGGCGGCUGUCGCUGCCGAGCGAUAUCUUACCGACAUGACCGCCAGGUCUCUACUACUUGGUUACUACGAGGGCGAAUGGUUCAACGAAAACGAUGUAAAGAUGACUGGACGUCUCUUAUCUCAAGAAAACAAAUUCUCGGAAGAUUUCUACAACACCAGAAAGUUAGAUGAGAUACCAUUUCAACAUUAUCAUCUUUUGAAGGAAGACCCCGAAACAUUCGCAAAAAAGCCAUACUUCACCCAGCUGGACUGGGUUCACGAUAAACUGGCCGCCACAGAUUGUGGACACUAUUUAGAAGACAUUGGCUUAGUACAUAUCGACCCUUUGCCGGAACACAUUCAAAUACUCAAAGAAGUUUUUGAAACUCAUUCGUACGCUCUUGAUUACGACCAUAGACAGUUCUAUGGACUCCUUAGAUCAACUAUAGAGAGGCGACAGAGAGAGGGCGUAGAUAUACAAAGCGAAAUAGUCCACAGUUGGAUGAAAGAUUUAUUUGAUCCACCUGUACCAACGUUUUAUCCAAUGAACGAAGAUUUUUGGAAGGUUGACGAUGUCGAGAAAUCUGAUGUUGAAGGGUUCCAUAGUAAACCAUAUGAUUUGAUUGUUAGAUUUGAUACUAGAGGGAAAUAUAUCGCUACUGUUUCAACAGAGAAAGAAGAGAUAUGUGUUUGGGAUGUAACGCGAUGUAAGCUGGUACGAAAGUUAAUUGGUGUGACACAUCCUAUAAAUUUGGUACCGAUCGAUGAAUACAGGUGUGUGGUACUCUGUCGACGAGAACUCCGGGUUUAUGAUCUGAAUCAGGGUAAAUUUGGAGUGGCGUUGAAAGGUGUAAUGAACCAAAAGAUGCCCUACUACGGUCUACACGACUCCAAGCAUCUGGUGACGUUGUCAAGAAACAGGAUGUACGUCAAUCUGAUGAAUAUUGAGAACGGUGACUGUGUAACGACAUUCAAAGCGGGUGAAGAUAGAUUUCUUAAUUCACUUCUCGUCUCAGGCGAUGGACGUGUUCUAGUAUGUGGGGAUGAAACACAGAAACCUUUCCCGUUACUAGUGUGGUCGCUGACAUCUCGGAAACUGUUGUACGAUCUGAGAAUACCUCAUCACGACUUCAUCACAUCUAAAGCUGCUAUCACGUAUGAAGGGUCGUACGUGUGCGUGGUAUCCCGCGAGCUGGAGGAACCCAGCCCCAACUUCAUCGUGGUGUACGACCUGCAGUCGGGCACUCUGUUCAAGAAGUGGAAGCCGGGCUGCGACACCGUGGCGCUCGCCAUCAGCUCCGCAGACGGCUGCGUGCUGUCCAGCCUCGCUGACACCAGGAUACUGGUCUGGGACCUGGUCACAGGGAAUUGCCGCUUAACGUUGCGUGGCCACGUGAGUGCAGCAACACAGCUACGUCUCUCUCGAUCUGGCGGUGUCUUACUCUCCGCUGACCUCUCGCUCACACCUGCGGACCGAGCGCUCCGGCUGUGGGAUCUUAGAUUAGGUAAACCAAUAGCAGUAUACACGCCUCCACAACGCGUCACAUCAUGCGAAAUUCUUCUCGGUGGGUCCAUUCUAGCUUUAGCCUUAGAGAAUUAUAAAGAUAUAGUAUGUGUGAAGCUCUAUGGUCCCGACGUCGAGGCUGUCAGACGCGGGCAGGAACUCGAGUACGACGAAGACGAAUAUGGAUAUACAGAGUACGAGGGGCGGACUUUUGAUGUGGGAGGCGGAGAUACAUGAUCGCUGGCGAUCUAACAUAACCUAGAAGUUAAUAAUUACUUAUGAGUAUGGAAUGUUCUACAGACCGGUGUACAGACAACUGCAAUUGAAUAUAACAUAAUAUAAUAUGAUAUAUUAUGUCCUGUUCAAACACAAUAAAACGUUUCGAUGAAAUGAUAUUAUCAGCUAAAUAUUCAUAGUGAUAACCAAUACAGUAUUGUAAAACUGAAAGGAAUUUUGAACUUUAGAUUUUCGCGUUUCAUGGUUGAUUUGCACUCCGUCUUGAGCCUUUAGCUUUAACUUUUUUAUUAGUCGCAUUAAUAACAGCUAAGAGCACACUGUAUAACUUUUCUGCGGAUCCUCUUACGUACGUUAUCUCUGCCAGGUUGUGAAUUAAUUUUUAAAUUGUUGCAAUUAUCGCUCAUAUGACGAAAACAGCUACAUAGAUAUUUUUUUAUUGUUAUAUUACAAAUAGCGAUGCAUAACAUCUCAUUGGCAUAUAAGGCUAGAUCUUUUUGAUGCUUUAGAUUUAUUAAUAAAAAUCAACCGAAAUUUAGAACAAAGUUAGAACGAAGAGGACAAUUUAAUAAAUGUAUUGUUACCCAUUUAAAUCAGUAAACUAUAUAAAAAAAGUAAUUGGCUUGAAUAUCAAUUUGUAGAUCCUUCCAUACUCAUAUGAAAAGGUUUAGCAAUAAUUUAGGUAGCUAUAUGCUGUUCUAUUCGUACUACAAAAGUGCAGGUCACUGUUUUAAUGUUAACUUAUUAUAUGUGUACAACGUUUAUUUCAAUGUUUUCAAGCUGUUUGCUAAGAGUAUGGUAUUGGUCACAGAACUUACCGCUAGUAAUAAAAGUUUUAGAACUAUAAUUUUCUUAAAAUUAAAAAUACCCACAUAUUUAAUUAUAUAUCUGUUUUGUUCUUCAAUAGGUAUGACACCACUCCAUUAUAAUUAUGAGAAUUACUUCCAACAGUACGUAUGAAGCGUAAAUCAUUUCAUUGUAGAAAAUCAUCUAAAUAUCGUUAUGUUUGAAAUCGUGAAAUCGUAUAUUAUAUACAAUAAAGAAACUGUUUUUAAAUUAAUAUUAAUUUUAAAUAUACUAUUAAUAUUUAAAUAUCACUUUUAAAAAAAAAUAGCAAAAAGGCUUCGAAACAUUAAAUACAGUUUCACAUGUCUCUACUAAAAUUGUGUGAUAUGCUCCUUCUGAAUCAAUCUUAUAAAUCUAAUAUUACGUACUUGAUUUGAACAUGAAUGAACUGGUAGGUUUCAGAAUGGUAUUUUUUUAACAAGUAGUGCAAAAAUGUUGUGUGAUACUAUGAAUAGUCUAAAAAAAUUCAAAGUUACCGUUUACUUCCUAUUUAAAACCAUAUUCUACAGAAUUUUUAACAAUAACCAAAUAAUAGUUUAGGAACCUAGGACGGUAUUGUGUUAUUUAAAUGUCCCUAGGAUCGUGCACCAUUUUUAAAAAUAUGAACAAAACGAUCACGCAACCGCAGUGCUACUUGUGUUUUAUCCAAUAUUGCAAAAUCCACAAUAUUGUUGACCAGUCAUAGCUAAAAAUGGAACUGGCGUUAAAAGACACUCAAUUAUUAAAGUAAGCUGGUACUGAAUGCCAAGUACAAGGAGAAAUUGACAGCACAUUACAUGCAUAGGUCGGUCAGGUUACAGUCAUUGUAUGGCACAACCUGCUGCUUGAUUGAUACACUAGUCUGUGCCGAAGAAAAACCGAUCCGUCUCUCACGAGAGAUGUACAUAUACGAACACGGCCAACAUGAUGAACAUGACAGAGAUUGUUAUAGAUUUCGCUUUCACUUACUUAUCACUCACUUUUAAAAAAAUGCAUUUGUCUGACUAAUGUGAACUGAAAAAUAAAUAGUUCACUAACCUAAUACAGUUUUGCGAUCCAGUCAAAGUACUGAAAGUUUUUCAAAAUUAUUUUGCUAUGCUGUAUUUUUGUACCGAGUUUAUCGCAGUACAUCAUUUAAUAGACCUUCCUCGUAUGUUUUUAACUAUAUUUUAUCCGGGAAGUACGAUAUCUUCAAUUUUUUAACUAGCUAUUUUUCUAAAACUUACUAUCUGUGGACCAGAUAGAUUUGAUAUAUAUAAUAGUGGCAGUUAUUUGAUACACUAGGUACUGAGUACAAAUAUUUUCACUUUUAAUGUUUUUUUCCUAGUGAGUGCAUUCUAUUAAAUAUCCCAUAUAACAAUACUGUAAGUAUGUAUUUUCUAACAUAUCUGCCUAGUUAUAUAUUUCUGUUAUUUUAAUUUUUUGUUUGCCCAAUUUACCUGUGCGCAAUUGUAAACAGAUAAUUAUUUAUGCUUGUAUUAAACUAGCUUUAAAUACGUUUUCGUAUCAGUAAUAAUAUUGUCCCUACUUUUAAUUACUAUGAUUAAACUGAACUUCGUGAAGUUGACCAAUCUAUUUGACUUAACAACGCUGGUUCGUUCGAUGUUUUUGAAUAAUUUUGUUUAUUAUCACUUAAUUAUAUUCGAUUUAACUGCAGAUGGUAUAUACACAUUUAUUUCGAGGUGUGGUGAUCACACCAUGAAGUAUAUAAAUGUAAUGAAAAAAGCAUCAAAUAUGGAUAUCUCUUUUGCAGGAAAACAAAAUAUUACCGAUUUCCUCUAUCAAGUAGCCUACUGUAUACCCCAUGUUAUGUUACCACAAUGUGAUCAUUUUUUUUAUGGAAAUGAACAAAUAUUUUAAACAAAAUCCGUCGAGUAUACCUACAGGAUUUGUUAAGGUAUUUUCAUAUAUUUGUCGAAACAAAUAUGUAGACUCGCCCUAAUGUUGUGCACAAUAGGAUUUGCGCACACAACUUUAUAUGUUUUUACACAAUAUUUUCAAAGUACCGCCGUGAAACUGCCACAAAUCCUUAUAUAUAAGAUUUACCCAAAACGUUUAAUCUAUUACGCUUAUUAAUUAAAUUAGUGUAGUUAUAAUUACCAUAUUAUGUAAUUAAAAUAUCUAUUUGUAAUGUUAGGUGUAACUGUUAAAUUAAAAUUAAGUGUUUAAAAAAACCCAUUUCUUAAGCCCUAUGUGUGUUCUUUAUUACUUUCCUAUUGUUCAGUGUGGUUUACUUCAUAAAUAUGUUUGAGGAUCUCCGGUAAAUAUUCCACAUAUUUAUUUUAAGCUUCCCAAUUUACACAACUACAUCUCGUAGUCUAUCUCCAGGAAAAUCACAGUGAAAUUCUCAAUGAAUUUACCGCAAUGUUACUUCGGAAAGAAGCAAUGGUUGUCAUCUGUUCUUGUAAAAAAUAUUUUAAUUGAUUGCGGUUAAGUAAUGUUAUAUAAUAUAAAAAAUAUGCGGAAUUACUUACUGAUUGUAGCGUCCAUCCAUCGCGUCUAGGAUUGAUUAUAAAUUUUCUCGACCAACUCAUCAAUGUUAGCUUCGAGUACUUAGAUUUUGUAAAAUAUUUUUUAAUAUUCGUAUAACAUCACUUAAUUGUUUUCUUUUUCAUAAUAAUAUUCGAUAUUAUUUUAACAAUUUGUAAUUUUUAGAGGAGGGUAAACAUACCACCUAUAAUGGGCAUAUUAUUUGUUAAUUUCGGGCAAUGAUAAAAAAAAGAGAAUUAUCUUAUUGAUAAUUCCUUGCGGGACGACUUUCUCCUAUAUAUAUAUAAUUAUAUUGCUACGUACGCUUACAACGCUCCAAAUAUUGAGGGACUUGAGCAGCAAUGCUUUGGAAAAUGACGGAAUUCAAAAUUAAUUGAAGAAUCUCACAAUGAAAAAUUAUAGUAAAACAUCAGUUUAGUUAAAACUGGUGUAGCUUUUAUCCGCAUAAUACUAAAUUACAACUCACUUUCCUGGGGUUUAUAAGUCGCUACAUGUCACGUACAGAUAAGUUACGUAUCUAAUAAAUAGUCACCGAUACAUUUUUGGGAAAUAUAGGACACUCGCCUCGCCCAUCGAUAUCAUAUCUUGAUCAAAAAAUCAUAUCUUUAUAAAGUGAAGAAUUUUUUACUUAAACCAUGUUUACAAAGGUGUUGUCAAUAUAUUUGAGCUCUAUCCCCUAUUAUCAAACCACAAUGAUGUAGCAUUAUAUAACAAAAAAUUGUUCGUAAUAAAAUUUUCUAUCUAAUUCUACUUAUAGUAUAAUCCUUUCAGCAUUUUUACCUCUACUUAGUAUUAAUGUAUUAAAUUCGUCAGGCUGGUACCUGUAUUUCUAUCUUUUAAACAAGAGUGAUUCGAGUCAAAACUUAUUCUUGGAAAUUCAACACUAAUUACAAUUAUAUUUUCAUUCGAGAAUAAGUUUUGACACUCCAAUAACUGAUAUUAAAUGACAAAAGACAAGCUACGUUAUGUAUCCGUUUGAUUGUUAUUAUUAUUCAUUCUGGCGUUAAAUUGGUGUCCGGAUUAAAAUAUUGCAAACUA